CCCCACCCCGCCGGGCUCGUAUAACUUUGCUUCCACGCCUGCCGCUUGAGGUUGCUGCUCACCGGCCGCGUAGAGCGGGCGACUGGACGCGGACGGGCGAUGCGACCGCGGGAGCGGCGCGGCGCCGGCGCCGGCACGGAGGGAGGCGAGGAGGCGGGCUCCUCGAGCACUGACGGGAACACCAGCAGCGCGAAUGCGAGCACGAGCUCGAGCACCGCUGCUAGCAGCGGUGCGAGGCGGAGCGGGGGCGCAACGGAGGGGCGGGGGAGCACCCCCAGGUCGGCGGCCACCAUCAAUCUCAGCCAGGAGUACAGGCUCGCCAUCCACACCGAGUCCUACCAGGAGAUCUGGGAUAAGAUCCACGUAGACGGGGACGGGCGACGGGAGGUGGGAGGCGGCGGCGGCAGCGACGAGGACGAGGACGAGGAGGAGGAGCGAGGGGAGGAGGUGCUGGACAGGAUCACCCUGGCCGGCGUGCUCCGCCCGGAGGAAGCGGUGGUGGAGCGCGCGCUGGGUGACGCGCCCGACACGGAGCUCACCCGCCUCGCGGCGGACUACUUCCGCAGCACGCACCACGCGUCGCUGCUCUGCCUCUCGCUCCGCAGGGCGCUCCGCCGCGCGGGGGCGCUGUACGGUCCCAUCACCGACCUCCUCGCGCUCAUCCCGCACUCGACGCAGCUCGCCGUGCCGCACUGCGACUGCGCGUUCGACGCCUUCCUCCUGUUCGACCAAAUGCCCAACCCGUUCCCGGCGCCUGGGGCCGGGUUCCAGGGCAUGCGCCGAAGCUUCGUUGGCCUCAAGAACCACCUUGACCUUCGCCUCCUCAGUGUCCGGCGCAGGCGCCGUUGGCUCCGCUGCGCCAAGCGCGGGUCGGGCAUCUGCCUCAUCGCCUGCGCCACCGGCGCUGCCAUCGCGGGCCUCGUGCUUGCGACGCAUGCCCUUACGGCGCUGCUCGCGACGGCCCCUGCUUGUGCUGCAUCCAGCUCCUCCUGCUGUCCACUGGCAACUUCGAUGAAACGCCUGCAGAAGCACAUGGACCGGCUGGACGCCACGGCCAGGGGCACCUACGUCUUGAACAAUGACGUCGACACAAUUGAGCGGCUGGUGGGCAGGCUCCAUGCCACUGUGGAGAGCGACAAGAUGCUUGUCCGCCUUGGGCUGGACUGUGGGCGAGGGCAGCAUCACACCAUAGAGGAGGUGGUACGGCAGCUCAGGAAGAAUCACCCCAGCCUGCUACGGCAGCUUGCUGACCUUGAGGAGCACAUCUGCCUCUACUUUGCAGCCGUCAACCGUGCCAGGUUACUUCUUGUGCACCACCUGAAUGCCCAGUCUGAUCCUGAGUCUCCAUCGUCAUGACUCUUGAGUUUAUGAGUCUAACACAAUACCUUCAAGAAUAACUCAAUGUCUCAAAGACCUCAUCUAACUCCAAGUGAUCUGACACUGGGUCACCAUUAUUAUGAUUUAAUGAGUCUACAACAGUACCUGCCUUCAAGAAUUAGUUGAUGUCUCAAAGGCCUCAUCUAUUGCACUAGAAGUAUUAUUGUGGGAUUGUAACGAUGCUAUCUUUCCGAUAGACUCAAAGUGUUCACCGAUUCCUAAGAACCAAAUAUUUGGACAAUUGCUUGCAAGUAUCAUCAUGACAGUUUUGUUGCAAGCAAUGUGUUGCUGGUGCUAUUCAGAGGUUCCUUCAGAUACUUAACUUCGGCAUGCUGUUAUAUCUGUAUUGAUGUUUUGAAACUUGAAAGCGUCAUCAAUCAUCAUGUUUGCUGUAAUUUUUUUAAUUCUCUUUUAUAAGACUAUCUUGUUUGCAGUAUUGAUAUUGGAUGCCAAGUUUCGUAUGGAAAGCCCAUGUUGCUUAGUUGAUUAAGGAACUUUGCAAGGAUAAUGCUUGAAAAAUCGUUUCAAUUUUCAACUAUAAAGGUUCAUCAAAUGGUUCUUGAACAAUUUGCUUGACUUGAAAGCAUCUUCUUGCUUGCAGGGAAAACCAAAUUAUGAUUUGUCAAUCUUCAGUGAUAGAUUUUCCUUUUGCAACUUUAUUUGUUUUAUUAUGGUUUUCUUUCUUUCUUUCUACCAGGCACUUGGUUCUAUGCUUUUCAACUUGAUAGAGUUUAUACAGAUAAUUUUCUUUGCAAUCUCAUGUAUUUUAUUUUUACCUGUAAGGAAUGGUCACGGAAAUACUACUAUACUAUCUGUCUCCUAUCUGUAUUGAAUGUGACCCUUGGUGGAAAUAUUUGGUUAGAUGCAGAUUUUUGUUACACGAUUAUAGUAGCCGGCAUUCGAAGUAAAUCAUUGUAUUUGCUUUU